UUGGCCAUUGCACUGGACAAGUGGUAGUCUGAUUUCAAUCUUCAGGUAGCAACAAGGAUGUCCUCUGUGUCAUCUCCUUCCUUUUUUCUUGAACCUGAUGAAUGAUCAUUUGGACUAAGAAGAUAAAAUGGCACCCAAACCACCUCCCAAACCUCCACCACCAAAGAAUGUUUUCGAGCGAUUCAGUGACUACCUGGAUUCAGAUCGAGGCAAAAGAAGAACUACAAUACUGGUUUUACUCUUCUUCGUUCUUGCUGUGGUAAUGUACUGUAUGUACAAAACUGAAUUGAAUAAGGGUCAGGAACUUAUAGUGGCAGUGGCUUCAAUUCGAAAAUUUGCUUUGGAAUAUGAUCCAAGUUUAUACGACAAAAAUGACAUGGAAAUUCUUGCUGCGGUUCAUCUCCAUACGUUGCAUCUGUUGAACUGGACCUUAAAGAACGAAAAGCUACAAAACGAACUGGAUAUUCUAAUUGAAAUGCUUCCAGGCUGGCAAGCUUUCGAAAGUAAUCUCUAUUACUUUUCUGAUAUACGGAAAUCUUGGCAUGCUGCUCGUGAAGACUGUUUAGCAAGGCAUACUGCAGAUUUGGUUUCUUGUAGAUAUGGUGAAGAACAAGCAUAUGUCAUGGUCCAGAAUACACAUGAUGUGGAUGUCAACAGAUUUACUAGUUAAUAUACAAGAAGUGAAUAUUGAAACAAGUACCUGGGCAGAUCAUAAUCUGAUUAUAAUUAUAUGGAAAGACCAGAAGAAAAGGCUGAGAUGGACUUUGAAUUCGAUAAUUUUACAGGAAAAUGAAUUUCAACAAUUUCUGGAAAAGGAGUUGGUUUUUUUCUUUAAAAUAAACAAAAAAGAGGAUUCAUCACUCCAAAAUGUAUGGGAUACAAUGAAAGCAUACAUUAGAGGGCUGGCAAUGACAUACUUGGGAAAAAAGAAUAAAAAGAAAAGACAAAAAUAGAAAAAGUUAGAAGAGGAAUAUAAAAAGCUGGAGAAAGAAUUAGAAA